CCUUCCUUCCCGCACCCAACCCCACUCCACUGCGCCUUCCGCCUCGCUUCACAUCAGCCGCAGUUGCGCACUCUUGCCUCACCGCACCGCACCUCCGCGCGCCGUCCGCCUGCCCAGCAUGGCUCUCCGUCCGCUCGUCCACCCGGGCCUGGCCGGCUGCUGCACCGUGCUCUCGCUCUUCGGCGUGCUCAUCCUCGCCAUCAUCGGCCUCGGCUUCGCGAGCAACUGGGAGGCCUUCAUGGGCUCCACGGGCGACCCCGCCGACGGCGCCGCCGUCGCCACGACGUGCUACGUCGCCGCCCUCGUCUUUGCCGGCUUUGCCUUCUUCUGCGGCUGCCAGCUGGGGCACGCGCGCUACAGCCGCAUUGCGCUCGACUGAGCAUGCCACACCGUGCUCAGGCCUCUCUUCGCUCUGCAGUGCACUCAUCAUGCAGCAGCAACGAGCCCUCGACAGUCGGCGCUCCAUCCUCUGCCUCUUCUUCGUCACGUGUAAUUUAGUCUCGUCU